UUUUCCAUUCCCACCCCUCUAUUUUCCCUAGCCGCCACUUCCUUCUCCCCCUGUCUUCUUCCACCUCGCGCAGGAAUCCUCCCACGGCAGCAGCAGCCAGCGCAGGGAGCUUCCUCCACCCAUGGCGCCCAAGCCCUUCUUCUUCCUCAAGCCAGCGGCGCCCUCAUUCCUCCCUGCGCAGCGCCCCUUUUCUUGUGCCUCCAGCAGCAAGAAGCCAUCGCCCCUCUCCAUUUUCCCCCACGUCUCUUCCCUCUGUUUUUCCUGUACGUGCGCAGGAGUAUGGGGCCUCCCAUGGCGCCCUCCUCCCUGGUCUCCCUUGCGCAGGGCAGCCAUGGCCGAGCUCGCCCUCGCCUCCUGCUCUCCAUGGGCGUGGGUCCCCAUCCUCUCCCUCCUCCCAAAGUGCAGGUAGCAGUCCAGCAGCCAUGGACGCCCAGGCUGGGAAACGCUGGAACUCGCGCUCUCUCUGGUUUGGGUGGAGCAGCGCCUCUCCCUGCGCUCAGCCUCCCCAACUCGGUGCCCUUGCUGCAGGCGAGCAGUAGCUCCCUAUCCAUGGCGCCAUUGCAAUAUUCCCCUUCCUCCCCCUCGGCCAGCCAUGGCGCAGCGCCUCUGAUCCUUCAUCCUCGCAACGCAGCAGCCGAGCUCGCCCCACCUCCCCUCGCUGCGCAGCCCCUCGGCGAAACGCCGCUGUUCCUGCAAGCCCCGGCUUCCUCGCUGCUACCGCUGCGCGUAUGCCAAGUGCUCGGCAUAAUGUCAAGGGAGAUGUGUUGUUGCAGCACGUUGUGACGCUCGCCGGGUGUUCACUGUUUUUGGCGCAGCCCCGUUCGCGAUGUCGUCGACCCUCGCUAGUGGUCGACGCCGCGCUUCGCGCCUUGCCCGUUCGACAAAAUGCCGAGCCAUGUGUAUAGCCCAUGCGUCUAGCCACGAUUCGUUCAGGUUGAUUGAUUUAUAAUAAUACCUAUGCUUUGGUUGAUGUCGGGCAGUGCAUGUAUAUAUGUGAAUGUGUGUAAUAUGUUUCGGCUAUACACGUUGGUAGGAUCGCAUUUGCGGUUAAAGAACAAGAGGUUGUUCAAUGCGUGAGAUUUGUAGUUUGUCUAAUUAUGUUUUGGUC